GAGCAAGGCGGUAACAUGCCAAUAAGCGAGCUCCGAGUCGAAAGCUCCGCCGAGGACGACGACGAAGAGGCCGUGCCGCCGCCGCCGCUUCGGCCUCGGCUCCCCAUCAUAUUCUAAACUAGCUAGUGCGAUUCUUUCUCUAAUUCUCUUUAAAACUUGUUGCGUUUCACAUUAUAUCGCCGACACACGGGCUGCUUCGGGUACACGGGUAUUGUACAUAUUGUGUGAUUAGGGACCAAAUGGCGCUCACCAACUUGACGGCACGGCCGGCCGAAGCCGUCGAGGACUUUCUUUUCCAAGUGGAAAACAACAACAACAACAAUGCGACGUUGUUCAACGGCACCGCCACCAACGCCACCGUCGCCCUCCACUAUCCCAGCGGAUACACCCUUCCGCAGAUUGUCAUCGCCUCUGUCGUCGUCACAAUGCUCAUGAUCGUCGUCGUCGUUGGCAAUAUGCUGGUCAUUAUUGCCAUCACCACGGAGAAGGCAUUGAAGAAUAUACAAAACUGGUUCAUUGCUUCGCUUGCCGUUGCCGAUUUCUUUCUAGGAUUGGUGAUUAUGCCCUUUUCGCUCGCCAACGAACUCAUGGGUUAUUGGAUUUUCGGGAUGUGGUGGUGCGAUGUGCAUUCUGCUAUGGACGUGCUGUUGAGCACGGCGUCCAUUAUGAACUUGUGUCUCAUCUCGUUAGAUCGCUAUUGGAGUAUCACUCAAGCGGUCGAAUAUCUCAAGAAGCGCACUCCGGUACGUGCCGUGGUCAUGAUAGCCGCCGUAUGGGUUCUUUCCGCCCUCAUAUGCAUCCCUCCGUUGCUCGGCUGGAAGGUCGAGCGCACUCCAGACGAACAAUAUCCCAAGUGUCAGCUGAGCGAAGAACUGGGUUAUGUGCUGUAUUCGGCUUUGGGCUCGUUCUACAUGCCAUCAUGCAUAAUGGUAUUUGUAUAUAUUCGUAUUUACUACGCGGCGAAAGCUCGUGCUAGACGCGGAAUCCGGAAGCCGCCUCGACGCCAACCCCAAGACGCCGUCACGAGUUUCAGCGUACCGAAGAACGGAGAUGGCGACGCCGCCGCGACGGCAGGCGCUUCCAUCGAUAGGAACAGCAACACGUCGCCGCGGGACGGCGACAGACAAAUCGCCACCAUCGAGGCGAUUCCACGCCCCAUGCCCAUUCCCACCGUCACGUGUGAUUUAGCAUCGGAUAUUUCGACGAGCGACGCCGGUGAAAUCGUCGCCGAGACGCUUGAUCAGAAGGAUACGCUCAAGGUUUGUACGAUUGACAGUGACGGACCGAAGAACGAAGGGUGUGUUGAGGAGGAUGCUCAAGUGUUCAGCAGUGCCCAGGUGGUCCGAAAUCCUCUCUCCCAGAGCCAAUUUCGCGGCUCUACAUUAUCGGUAAACGGUGAAUUGCAACAGCAAGCUGCUGCCAUGUCUCGUAUGCGUCAACCAUCGAUGGGCAUCGACACGGACAUGGUGAGCGAAUUCGAUCCAAGUAGUUCGGAUUCUGGUGUAGUGUCUCGUUGUGCGGUGGUGAAACCAUUAAAACUCCGUCUGUGCAAACCAAUAUUCGGUCGCAAAACGGCGAAAAACCGAAGGACAGCCAAAGACAACAAAGCGAGCUCGAGCAAAGAACACAUGGUGGAGGAAGUGCGCGUACAGAAACCCAGAGACCCAGAACGGGAAAAACGACGCAUUGCGAGGAAAAAGGAGAAGAGGGCCACACUCAUUCUGGGUCUCAUCAUGGGGUCGUUUAUCGCCUGUUGGUUGCCCUUCUUCUUCAUGUACAUCUUGCGGUUGGCCUACGACAUCCCAGGCUUUGCCUUUUCUACGGCCUUCUGGUUGGGUUAUAUGAACUCGGCGCUGAAUCCGGUCAUUUACACCAUCUUCAACAAGGACUUCCGGAGGGCCUUUAGGAGAAUCCUGUUUAAGUGAUGUUUGGCUUACGUGUGCUGCUACGAAUGCGUCAGUCGACGGAUAAAGACGGCGCAGUAUCGCAGCGCACCGAGCGCCCUCUACCGACACUGAACUCUCGACAAUCCUCCUCACGUGGACAUUAUUAUACUCUUCGAUAUACGUGUAAAUUGUUAUUUCUUGUUAGGUAUGGAGCAAUCGUCGUCAACUCGAUCUCACAAUCAAAACACACAGAUGGCGCUAAGACACUAACUCGACAUGCUUGUUUUAACAAAAGUACAAAACGAAUUUUUAUUCUAAAAAUGUGUUUCAAUCGACAUCAAAAGUAUUAAAAUUGCCUUAAUUAUUGCUAUUUAAUAAAUUAUAUCAAAUCUAUAAAUUUGUAUAGUCUACUUCCAAAUAACUCUAUUCUGUUUAAUGGAAGCGAUUUUAUCUAUAGCUUUUAAGGUUUUUAGGACAUGAAGCGAGUUUUUAUUGUAAUAUCAAAACGUUCCGAGUUGGCCACGAUUGUUAUGUUUUAUUUGACUCUAUUGUAAUAAUAAAAUAUGGAGCAAUGACUACCACUGUGAUAAUAUAACGCUUUCAUUCUGGAAUUUAUCGUAAAUAGUCUAAAAGAAAACAAACUAUUAUGUGUUUUUAAAAAAAUCUUCGAUGUUUAGAGACUUCAUUUCUUGUAAAUAACUUAAUCGAAAAGCGAGAACAAGUUACCCAACUUUGAAUCAAUGAAAAAAAUCAACGUUUACUAGACGUACUCCUGCUUUUUUAGCAAAUAUAAUGCUCCUCAGACCAAGUCGUUUGGACCACUCUUCAUUGAUUUUCGUCGUUGUUGCGCGAUGUCAAAAUUGACAAGGGACCAAUGAAUACGUUUUUAAUUAUGCGCGUUCGAACACCCACAGCAAUAAUGAUAAUUUUCGUGUGAACGUUGCCGUUUUUCGCCAAGUCCAAGUUGCGUAACUUUUCGUAAUAUUUUAAAUGUUGAGCGAGUGACAAGUUCGGCUAUAGUUUAGACACCAAUUGUAUCAAACCUCUGGAGGCCGUCGGCCGUCAUCUCCAACCUUCCAACCUUCUCAUCCUUUUCCAAAAAAAAAUAAGAAUAACAGACGUUGCCUUGGCGAGGUCUCCAGUGGAAGUCUUCCACGAGCCCGCGGGGUUGCUCUCCGACUCCUGAUAAAUUCUUGCAACGAAACUAUGGUGCUAUUGACUGCUCGCCGGUCGGCUCGAGGGUGUCUCAGGCCCUGGAGCCGGCCCUGUGCGGCCCCGCGAGGCGAUAUCGAAACUCGCCCUGAGCCCGCGAUUUUCGAUCUCGCGAGCUCUUUAUCUUGUUACAUCUCUAGAUUAAUUAUUGUUAUAUAAAGAUGAAAAUUACAAAAAACCAAUUAUAAACUAUAAUACUGUCCUAUAUUUGUGUGUGUACGUUUUUCGUGAAAUAUUAUUAAUAAGAAUAUAAAUAAAUCAAUAUGGUA